CACCAAUUUCGGUAUCUAGAGCAACCCACACAACCAAAAAUGGCAUUCAAAUUCACCAUUCUUUUCGCCGCCUGCAUCGCCGUGGCAAGCGCUGGAAUCAUUCCCGCCGCAGCUCCACUGGCCGCCGUGGCCCAGGUGGAGGAGUACGACCCCCAUCCCCAGUACACCUACGGCUAUGACGUCAAGGACGCCAUCUCUGGGGACUCGAAGACCCAGGUGGAGACUCGCGAGGGCGACAUUGUCCAGGGCCAGUACUCGCUGAACGACGCCGAUGGCUACCGCCGCAUUGUGGACUACACCGCCGAUCCCAUCAACGGAUUCAACGCAGUCGUGCGCCGAGAGCCCCUGGUGGCCGCCGUUGCCGCCGCUCCCGCUGCCGUCGUGGCCGCUCCAUCCCCAGUUGUCCGUGCCGCCGUCGCUGCUCCCGUUGUCCGUGCCGCCCCCCUGGCCGCUACCUACGCCGCCGCCCCAGCACCUCUCGCCUACGCCGCCGCCCCAGCUCCCCUCGCCUACGCCGCCCCUGCGCCCGUCGUUAAGGCCGCUCCUCUGGUCGCCGCUGGACCCGCCAUCGUCAAGACCCAGUUCGCUUCGCCUCUUAUCUCGUACGCCUAUUGA